GGCGAGAAGCCCAUGAGGAAGCAAAUAAGAUAUCUAAUUUAUCGAGUACAAAUUGUUAAUCAAGUGUUCAAGAGUUUUAUUAAUGUAAUAAUCCGUGGUACGUAAGAACAUACUACCUUACUUUCUAAAUUGUACAAUUUAAUAAAGUAUUUUCGUUGAUAGAAGAACCAUUUUCUCUAACUCAUUUACAUAGUAGGUUUUAUUAAAUCUCUUUGAAGGUAUUGUAUAUAUUGAUGCAUAAUUUAUAGCGACCUACACAGAUUAUAUUGGUUACACAUACUUUUACACUUUGUAUAAACGUAUACGUAUGUGUACCGCUAAACAGAGCUGCUUUAACGAGCGCAUGCAUCAGCUAUAACAGUCUAAUAUUCAUUACUAAAGUUUUAUGUAACGAACGAUUGCUCUCCGUUCUCUUUCGUACAAUUCUUUUCGGUCUCUCAAUUGCUGCUUCUCCUCCGAUUACUGGUUUCAACCGAAAUUAAAACGAACAUACACAUUCUUAAAAUAGGCGGCUUAACUUUCAACAUUUCGUAUGCAUAUGGCUAUAUGUACAUAUAUGCCUAGUACCGUUAGAACUAAAUUUAAACGUGUCCUCUCGUGUUGUAUUAUACUUUGACCACACACGUGAUGAAAUAGGCCUUAGUGGCAUGUUCGGUGUAAAAUUACCGCAGAGUCUACGCCUCACUGAAUUGAAAUCGUGUCAUUUAGAGUUCAUUCGUCCUUGUUCUUAUCCAGUUAAUGAUGUUUACACGUGUCAAAUGGUAUACGUGUGUGAAAUGGAAGUGUGUAGUGAAGGAAACACCUUUAACACAUUGACUGCUGUGGACACUUAUAAUUUCAAUAAUUGAAAAUAAUUGAAAAUAAUUGAAAAUUUACCAGUCGUAAUGUUUCAAUAUGUCUGACAACACAUGCCUAUUUUCACUGUGACAAUCAACGUAUUAAUCCGCGGUUGUUACCAUAUCAUUAUAAUCUUUAUCUACCUAUUUCUAUGGAAUGGACAUUUUCAAAAUAACGAACGAUUGAUACUCAAUAUCGCUACUCAGCUAUAAAGAUAGGAAAAUUAGUCAAUAGACGAUAUGUAAUCAGGAACAGAUUUCUUCGAUAAAGCAAGGAACUAGAGUCGUGUUACGAUAAGAUCAGUCUGUUCCCGAAGUCUAUUCUAGAUCGCAACAUCAUUCUAUUCGUUCAUGUCUCUAGCACAUGUAAAGUAGGGUCAACCUGUUGCUGUUUUGUAGUUUAUUUAAAAAACAAAUAUGUGUAACUUCCACUCAUGUUACGAAUGUAUUCAAACGUACCAUCUCGGAUGUUGUUGGAGACGAAAAUGGUACUUCAUCAUGGGUUUUGUACUUGGAGGGUCAAUUAUGUUAUUAUUGUUACGAGAAUCAACGUACAAUCCAGAUAUCUCACAAAAUUCGAUAGAACCGAAUAUUAAUAUGGACGGUGAAUUAAGAAAUGUUUACAAGGAGGUUACCAACAGAUGGUAUAACCUUACCGACGAUGAUAAAUGGUACAAUAGUAGAAUAUUCUCGAAAUCGGACUCAAAAAGUUGGAAGCGUUAUAUGACCGAAAUCCGACAGAAUUGGAUAUUGUGGAAACAUAAUUCAAAUAAACCUUAUAAUUUGGAGCAUCCAGAGAUCGAGGAUCCAUCCAUGGGUCAAGCCAGUGUUAUUCGUAAAAUUUUCCAAGAUAAGAAGAAUGGAUUCUUCGUGGAAUGUGGUGCUUAUGAUGGAGAAACACGAAGUAACACGUUGGUCCUGGAACGAUUUCUCGAUUGGACAGGUCUCCUGGUAGAAGCUGAUUCCAUCAACUUCAGUAAGAUGAUACUGAAGAACCGGAAGUCUUACCUAUCGCCUAUUUGCCUUGGUCUUCAGCCAUAUCCCACGGUGAAUACUUUCCUGAUGGCUGACAAUGUAGGACGUCUUCACGACCCAAAUGCAGACAACACAAUGCCAAAUUCAAAGGAUGUUGCGUACAGUGGUGUUCACAUCAAAGUCCAAUGUUUUCCAUUCGCUCAUUUGAUGGGAGCUCUUAACGUGACCACUGUUAAUUAUUUUAGUCUUGAUAUCGAGGGCCACGAGCUUGAGGUACUGAAAACGAUUCCGUUCGAUGAGAUAAACAUCGAGACGCUAUCGGUGGAGUACGCUCACGUUGCAUCUGGUAAAAAGAAGCUGAUCGAUUUCAUGGAAUCGAAGGGUUAUUACGUUCAUUCCUUCCUCGUUAGAUCCGAUCGUCUGGCUAACGAUAUAAUAUUCACGAAAUACAACUAUGACACGUUUAAUUCGACAUGACAUUUUGUAAAAAUCAGCACCAGUAUUGAUUUAUAAACGACUGAAAAUAAACUUAGUUAGGAACAAAUGAAAAUUCGUAUGGCAACGAAAUAAUUCAUACUAAAUGUUAUUAAUUCUCUUUUUUAAGAGUUUCAUAUUGAUCUGAUUUUGUGUUCAUUCUGUAUCCAAUGAUCUGUGAAAUAAUUACUAAGUUUUUGUACACGUAACGAAUCAAAAGAUAAUGAUCUACACUUCCUGUAUCACUGGAAUGAUUUAAUAUACAUACAUAUUAAUUAAAUUAACUUACUAUUUAUUGCCACGUUAUGAGCAAUAAAGUUUUUAGUAACUUUCCACCAUCGCGAUAAGAAAAAUAUUAAUUUACAUUAAUCGUUGAUGAAAUAAAUAAUUUAAAGCUUGUAGACUAGUCUCACCACUCGUUCAAUGUUUCUUCAGUGCAUGAAAAACGUUAUAUCUAUUCAUUGAAAAAAUACAUUUAGUUAUUGUAAUAAAUGUCCUGCAUUAUUCUAAAGCGAGGAGAGCGUUCAACACGAAACUCUUAGCAGAUACUGUGACUUUAAUAAAUAGAAAAAUCGUGUUACGUUUAUGCAAAAGCUGUAUUAAAAAAUCCUACGUGUUAUUGUACUAGUGAAACAAAUUGUAUACAUUACAUUUUCAGGAAUUGAAGUCUCUCCUCUUGCUGUCUUCUCUUAUUCUAUAUCGUUGACAUUCUCAGAAUGACUAUAAACCUCUGAUCUCUAGAAUACAGAGGAAACCUUGAUUAAUAUCAGACGAUAAAACACAGCACCCGAGUAAACUAUACUUGUUAAAAAUAAUAGGAACUCAACAUACUCGUUUAUACACUCUUACUCUUUAACAAUUGUAAAAAAAAAGAAUUCUAAUUAAAGUAAAGCUAUAAA